AUGUUGGACUCGUUCGAGAUCUUGACCACUUCGGGUGUCGUCGUCUGGUCGCGCACCUAUACGCCCAUCAACCCGUCCAUCAUUAACAACUUCAUCGCCGAUACCUUUAUUGAGGAGAAGAGCGGCGCAGUCGCAUUGAGCGACUCCAGAUCUGCCGCCAACAACCCGGCUUACAAAAGCGACCAGCAUACGCUCAAGUGGACAUUGGUUAAAGAAUUGGGCGUCAUUUUUGUCGCCGUCUACCGAUCCCUCCUCCACCUGUCAUGGGUCGACAAGCUCGUCGACAACAUCAGGACCAUCUUUGUCAAGCUCUACGGCGAACAGCUCACAAAGCCUCACACUACCCUCGUCGAGUGCCAUGCCUUUGACGAAUAUUUCGACCAACAACUCCAGGAGCUGGACCAGACCACCGCCAAGGGCGUACCCUCUGUGACGGUCGGCGCACUUCCUCUUGAGGAAAAAACCAUUUCAGGAAACCUAGGCGACGAACCUCCCGUUGCGCCGGGCUUGACUUAUAGAGGUCGCACCCUCAACAAUACCAAUGAACCUACAUCCCGCGACUCGACCCCCGCCUUGACGCCCAAUGGAUCGCGACCAACUACGCCCAGCAACAACCACCUCCUCGUGGCCAAGGGCCCCCUCAAGAUGUCGCGCCGCGCGCGCAAGGCCAAGAACCAAUCUUCUGCUCCCGUCUCUUCCGGAGACGAAGCGCCCAAGAAGAAGAAGGCGCCCAAGAAGGGGCGCAAGUGGGAUGCCGACGGCUUCGCGGAUGAGGAUGACGACGUGCAGCUCGACUACUCAGCCAAGGCGCACGCCACUAGCGAGUCCGAAGCCGAGGCGACAGGCCGAUCAACUGCUAUCGACGAGAUCGAUUCCAAUACCUGGGGUUCAAGGUCAAAGGGCAAGUUUGUGCUCAAGGAUCUCGGUGAUGAAGUGCACGAGAUCCUUGCGUCUGAGGCAGAAAAGGCCGCAGACGCAAAGUCGCAACCCAAGGCUGGUCUCUUUGGGUCUGGCGUCAAUGCCAUCAGCGGUCUCUUCCGCAACGUCGUAGGAGGCAAGACCCUGACCAAGGCUGAUCUUGACGCCGCUAUGAAGGGGAUGGAGGAGCAUCUUCUUAAGAAGAACGUUGCGCGAGAAGCUGCUGUGCGGCUAUGUGAGGGUGUUGAGAAGGAACUGCUCGGUGUCAAGACCGGUAGCUUUGAGAGCAUCAACACCAGGAUUCAGGCCGCUAUGGAGGCGUCGCUUACCAAGAUGCUCACCCCGACCUCCUCCCUGGAUCUCCUUCGUGAGAUUGACGCCAUCACGGCUCCAUCAGUCACAUCUAUGCGCAAGGCGCGCCCCUACGUCAUGUCCAUUGUGGGCGUCAACGGCGUAGGCAAGUCGACCAACCUCUCCAAAAUCUGCUUCUUCCUCCUUCAGAACAAGUACAAGGUCCUCAUCGCCGCCGGCGACACCUUCCGUUCUGGAGCUGUUGAGCAGCUUGCCGUCCACGUUCGCAACCUCAAGGAGCUGACGGCUCGUGAGGGUGGUCGCGUCGAGCUGUACCAAAAGGGUUACGGCAAGGAUGCAGCCACCGUGGCCAAGGACGCUGUCACCCACGCUGCGCAGGAGGGCUUCGAUGUUGUCCUUAUUGACACGGCUGGCCGGAGACACAAUGACCAGCGUCUCAUGUCGUCGCUGGAGAAGUUUGCCAAGUUUGCCCAGCCAGACAAGAUUCUCAUGGUUGGCGAGGCCCUCGUCGGCACCGACUCUGUCGCUCAAGCUCGCAACUUCAACGCUGCUUUCGGCGCCGUCCGAACCCUCGACGGCUUCAUCAUCUCAAAGUGUGACACGGUCGGCGACAUGGUCGGCACGCUCGUCAGUCUUGUCCACGCGACAAACGUUCCUGUGUUGUUUGUCGGCGUUGGCCAGCAUUACUCUGACCUCCGCAACUUUUCCGUCAAGUGGGCGGUUGAGAAGCUCCUAAGUAAUAAUUAA